AUGCUCCACCAGCAACUAGCUCAACAGCAGAAUCUGAUGCUGCUUGUCGCGUUUCUCUCGUCUGUCCUGUGCUUCAGCUCCGACAGCCUAUCCACCCCCUCUUUCAGCCCCGAGGCAGCCUCUUCUCGCGGCAAAGAGAGCUACUACCUGCUAGCGGCGGCCGACGGCUUGCUGCUCCGUGGGAAAAGAUGUCGCCAUGCUCCCGACCGACAAAAGAGCGGCGGGAAAUAUCGAAAGAGGGAGAAGAUGCAUGCUGAGGCUGCCUCACUCGACCAAUGCGCGGCCGAUCCGAGUCACACAAAGAAGCGCUUGCCAGGCUCGGCCAAUCUCGAAAUCUCCUCGACACUUCAUAGGGUGCAAUAA